UCCCCCCCCCCCACAAACUUUGCAUCUUCGAUUUCACUCGAUUUAAAGCUGCUUUUUGUGUGUGUGAAAAAAAAAUCUUCUCUUUUUCUUUUGGGUGAUUCUACUUUUACAUCAGCUGCGUCGGUGAAUGUUAAAUGGAGUUGUGUUUCUCGUUAGAUUGAAGAAGAUCAGUUCAAUGAUCGGAUUCUGAUCUGCAAACGCACCGGUUUUUUCAUACUUCCUCUGGGCUUGAAGACAAAGCAGUUGCAAUGUCAUCUCUCAGCAGAGAACUUGUGUUCUUGAUUUUACAGUUUCUAGAUGAGGAAAAGUUCAAAGAAUCUGUCCACAAGCUUGAACAAGAAUCUGGCUUUUUCUUUAACAUGAAGUACUUUGAAGAUGAAGUGCAUAAUGGUAACUGGGAUGAAGUUGAAAAGUAUCUGUCUGGUUUUACCAAAGUGGACGACAACCGUUAUUCCAUGAAAAUUUUCUUUGAAAUAAGGAAGCAAAAGUAUCUUGAGGCAUUGGACAAGCGUGACCGGUCCAAGGGUGUUGAAAUUCUUGUAAAAGAUCUUAAAGUUUUUGCAUCGUUCAAUGAGGACCUUUUUAAGGAGAUUACUCAGCUGUUAACACUAGAGAAUUUCAGGGAGAAUGAACAGCUGUCCAAGUAUGGGGAUACUAAAUCCGCACGGGCUAUCAUGUUGGUUGAGCUCAAGAAGCUUAUUGAAGCAAAUCCAUUGUUUCGUGACAAAUUGCAGUUUCCAAACCUCAAAAAUUCAAGAUUGCGAACUUUGAUUAACCAAAGCUUAAAUUGGCAGCACCAACUUUGUAAAAAUCCUAGGCCAAAUCCAGAUAUUAAAACUCUUUUUGUGGAUCAUUCUUGUGGACAACCAAAUGGUGCUCGUGCUCCAUCACCUGCAAACAAUCCGUUGCUUGGAUCAGUGCCAAAACCUGGCAGCUUUCCUCCUCUUGGUGCACAUGGGCCUUUCCAACCUGGGCCACCACCUGUGGCAGCUCCACUUGCUGGUUGGAUGUCCAACGCACCGACUGUAGCUCAUCCAGCAGUUUCUGGUGGACCUAUGGGUCUUGGUUCUUCAUCUAUUCCAGCUUCCCUUAAACAUCCUAGGACUCCACCAACAAAUCCUUCCAUGGAUUAUCCAUCUGGGGAAUCUGAUCAUGUUGCCAAAAGAACUAGGUCACUUGGAAUAUCUGACGAGGUUAAUCUUCCUGUCAAUGUGCUGCCUAUAUCAUUUCCAGGGCAAGGUCAUAAUCAAGCGCUUAGCGUACCUGAUGACAUGCCCAAGACUGUUGCACGAACAUUAAACCAGGGAUCAUCUCCCAUGAGCAUGGAUUUUCAUCCUUCUCAGCAGACGUUGCUUCUAGUCGGCACAAAUGUUGGAGAUAUUGCAUUGUGGGAAGUUGGUUCUAGGGAGAGACUGGUGUUGAGAAACUUCAAAGUCUGGGACUUGGGUGCAUGUUCAAUGCCGUUGCAGACUGCUUUGGUAAAAGAUCCUGGUGUCUCAGUUAACCGUGUUAUAUGGAGCCCCGAUGGUUCAUUAUUUGGGGUUGCAUACUCUAGGCACAUUGUUCAAAUAUAUUCUUAUCAUGGAAAUGAUGAUAUUCGUCAGCAUUUGGAGAUUGAUGCUCAUGUUGGAGGCGUAAAUGAUCUUGCAUUCUCUCACCCUAAUAAGCAGCUUUGUGUUAUAACAUGUGGAGACGACAAAACUAUAAAGGUUUGGGAUGCCACAUCUGGUGCAAAACAAUACACAUUUGAGGGUCAUGAGGCUCCUGUGUACUCUGUGUGCCCUCACCAUAAAGAGAACAUUCAGUUUAUUUUCUCAACAGCAUUAGAUGGAAAGAUAAAAGCAUGGCUAUAUGAUAAUUUGGGAUCUCGAGUAGAUUAUGAUGCUCCUGGUCGUUGGUGCACGACAAUGGCAUACAGUGCCGACGGAACUAGACUAUUUUCAUGUGGAACCAGCAAAGAUGGGGAGUCACACAUUGUUGAGUGGAACGAAAGUGAAGGGGCUGUCAAGAGAACAUAUCUAGGUUUUCGGAAAAGAUCGUUGGGUGUUGUACAAUUUGAUACAACUAAAAAUAGAUUUUUGGCAGCUGGUGAUGAUUUCUCGAUCAAAUUCUGGGAUAUGGACCAUGUUCAACUCCUGACCAGUAUUGAUGCUGAUGGAGGUCUUCCAGCAAGCCCUCGAAUUCGAUUUAACAAGGACGGUUCUCUAUUGGCUGUUUCUGCUAAUGAAAAUGGUAUAAAGAUUUUGGCCAAUAGUGAUGGUAUUCGUUUAGUUCGUACUUUUGAGAACCUAGCUUAUGAUGCUUCCAGGGCAUCUGAAAGUGCAAAGCCCACAGUAAAUCAAAUAUCAGCAAGUAGUUCUGGAUUUGCAGACAGGGUGGCCUCUGGUGUUGGCAUCUCCGGAAUGAAUGGAGAUGCAAGAAAUACAGUGGAUGUAAAACCCAGGAUUGUUGAAGAGCCUAAUGAUAAAUCUAAGAUAUGGAAGCUCACUGAAAUUACUGAACCAUCACAGUGCCGGUCCUUGAAGCUUCCUGAGAACCUCAGAGUGACUAAG